AUGUUACGUAGAACCAUUUUGUCAGCUUCGAGAAUAACUAGUAUAGCCAUCAGAAGUACAUCUGUUUUCCAACCAGCAUUAAAGUUUACUCCAUCAAAAGAAAGUAUUCAAAAAAGAUGGUCACAAGUUGAAUCUCCUGGACCAUUUAAGCCUCCAAAACAACUUACAUUUAAAGAAGUUGAAGAACGUGUAUUAAAAGCUAUAAAGACAUGGGAUAGAUUCCCACAAGAUCGUAUAAAUAAAUUAUCAUUGGAUGCCAAAUUUGAAGAAGAUCUUGGCUUUGACUCUCUUGAUCAUGUCGAAAUUAUGAUGGCACUUGAAGAUGAAUUUGGAUUUGAAAUUCAACAAGAAGUUUCUGAAAAACUUAAAUCUCCAAGAGAUAUUUUUAAUUUAAUUUGUGAACGUGAAGACGUUUAUAAUUGA